AUGGCAUCCUUUUCCUCGCCUCAUCAACAGAACAAGAAACUUCAUGCUUUCUCUGGAAUUGAGUCUGUGAGGAAAAGGAGAAAAGUAGAGGAGUCUUCAAGGUUGUUCGAUGUAUUCAUCAACCAUAGAGGUCCUGAUGUCAAACAUACUCUGGCUAUUCAGCUUUACGAUUCUCUUAAGAAUUUAGGCAUACGGACAUUUCUUGAUGCUGAAGAGAAGGAACUCGGAGACUCGUUUAUAUCUACCAUUGAGACUGCCAUUAGAUCUGCUUCAGUGCAGAUCGCUAUCUUUUCCAGAGGAUAUGCAGAGUCGCCUUGGUGUCUUGCUUAG